CGUUAUUAUCUCAGAUAAAUGUUUUCUGUGAUCCUAUUCGGCUUCUGUAAAUAUCUUUUAUAGUUGGUCGUGGACUUAAAUCUACAGUUUCGGUUUGUAAAGCGAAUUAAAGGAGUGAACUGUGCAGGAAAGCUGAGGGAUUUUCACAGGUCAUGGCGGUUUGUAAAAAUUUGGACCAGUAUAAGAUUGAGGGUUAUAAUGACCAGUACACAGUACCAGAGAUUAACAAACGACACAUGGCUAAAUUGGAGGUCAAGGUGUGUGGAAAUGAAGGAACAGUUGGGGAUGAAAAACAAGAGGACUUACGAAAAUUCUUUCAUGCAGCGAUUGACCAAAUACAAAAGGAAAAACCCGAGGUUUGGAAGAAUGCUAAGAUUGUUAUUCAGGACAUGUACGGACAGUCAAUAGCUAUUACUGCUGGGAAAGGAGAGUACAAAUUUACCCUCCAACACGACAAUAAAGGGGAAAUACAGGUGUACCGAGAGGGGAAAAGCGGAUGGCCAAGUUUGCAAGAUAUUCUGUCAACUUUGCCUAUUAUCGGACGUUUUUUUGAUGAUCAAACACAGCAAAAUUGACUAUCGGCAUUGAAACAUUUUUGAUAAAUGCACCUGUUCAUAAUUGUAUUUAUCAUACACAUUCAUAUGUACCCUUAUUUAAAUUUAAGGGGAACAUUGUCCUAUAUUGGUGGAUAAAGAGUGAAACAAGUAUCCGACUUUAACCUGUCAGUUUGUUUAUCGAUCGAAAAAUCACUGUGAACAAUAGAAAUAUAGAAAUGAAUAUUUGAACUUGUUGCUUGAAGAAUUGUUGUUUUUGAAUGCCUGAAAAACAGUACCGUUAAAAUAAAAAAGAUUAAGUAUAUGGCAUAAGGAUAUAACAAGUUUCUAGAAGCUUGCUAUAUAUCACUAACCUCUCUUUUUCGCCUCACUUGCCCAAAGGACUAGGACAUUGGCACGGCUUCUGUCAUCAGUACUUCAUCCUGAAUAACCAAGUGGCUCAGAGUCUGAUAUAAAAUACCAUAUGGCAUCGUUUUUUGUAUCGCGUUUUAUUGGCUUACAAUUGACGGGGCUCGACUUAUGGACCAGUUUAUGGAUUUAUCAGUCAUUGUCACAUUGAAACCAUACAAGG